AUGGCUAUUGUUGACGAAACGGCCGGAAAGUGUCCUGAGAUGUGUCACGACUCAUUGCCCAAUCCUGAUAUCACGCUUAGCGGUGGUGGAGACUAUGGUGGCGAUCAUGCACUUGUUGGAUCGGUUUCGGACGUUGUUGAAAGUGAAGUGAACGCAUUCAUCAAACGAUGCCGGCAGUUCGAGUACAGACUGAUGAAACAUGAAAAGACUCCUCGAGACUUCAAUCUCUACGCUGACUACCUUUGUGACUUUCUGAAAUUGCUGAAAAGUCGAAGAACAAAAUUACAAUAUUGGGAGAAAAAGAAGCUAAUUGAUGAUCCACUGCGAAAAAAAGUUGCCAGCAUAUACAGAAGGGCCGCUGAUCGGUUUCAGGGCGAUUUACGGUUAUGGGAACAGCUGAUACACUUCCUUGACGAAAAUUCAAUGCGUCGUGAAUUAUCCGCUGCCUAUACCCGUGCUCUACAGAUCCAUGGAAAGAACGAGAAGCUCCGGAGGGAUUUCGCUCUAUGGCAAUUUUUCUCUGCUGCAAGCCCCCAGAAUGCUCGUACGCAGAUCUUGACCUCGUUACGUCUAUUGCCACAGUCAUCCAUGCUUUACGUAGCGUUCUUCGCAAUUGAAAUACAUUUCGUCCACAAGGUGCUUAAACGACGAAAGUACCUUUUGGAAAAGGAACACGAUGAAAGCUCUGAGCCUGAAGGCGCUGACCGUGAUCGUGUGUACGAUGGGAACGUCGACGAUACGAUAAUGAAUCUGGAUGUAGCAAAAGCGGUUGUCGAGCAAGCACUGUCUGCUGUACCAAGUAGUGCUGCCUCAGGUAUGCUUGUGGAAAUGUGGAAUGAAUGCAACAAAGUGGAGGUCCCCAACAUUGACAAAGUGCGGUCCUUUAUCGUAGAGAAGCUUGAAAAGUUUGACAAUGAAGAUACUCGGCUGUUCGAAAUAGAGUCGGCGAAGGACAGUGGGAAGUCGAAGUUCGAAUUGUAUGAAGAGGCACUGAGGAAGACGCCCACAGAGCGAAUGCAUCGAUUGUACUUGCAGUGGCUUCGGGAUUCACAACAAAAAGAUGCAUUUGUCGAAGGGAAAAUCCAUGACGUGUACCGUGGCUUAUGUGAUGGUGGAUGGAUGAGCGAUAAAGACUGGAAAGAGAUGGAGAGGAUCAUACACGAUUUUCCGGAUGAGUUUGACACCGAUUGCAUUGCAGAAUAUGUCGAGAAAAGGCCUCAGUCUGCAGCGAUAUGGGAUGUGUACCUUAGAAAACAUGUCGAUAAUGCGAGCAUAUCAGCGGAUGAUUUUAGAGAGUUAUGUAAUCAAGCUUUGGAAAAGGUAGAUCCAGAGGAGAGUUAUCCGAUUUGGCAACAUGCCAUCGACUAUACUAUCAUGCAUUCUCCUAAGGAUACCGAACAGACGUUCAAAGAUGCGUUGAAGUAUGCGAAUGCAAGUGUAGCCUCAAGGAUCAAAAUCUUAUUCGUGGAGUACCUGAACGAACUUUUUGAUGAGGGAAAGAUAACAGCCGAACGGUUAAGGGGAAGAGUAAUGGAUCUCGUCAACAGCAAACCGAACAGGUCGGAGUUCUACUGCGCUUUGUACCGAAAGGAAAUGGAACGGCCUACGCCUGACACGAAAUUCGCUGGUUAUGUCAUCAAAACAGCGGUCAUGGAAAAGGAUGGAGUUUCAGUGGAAGCAGCCAUUCUGUAUGGGGAAUGGGCGUUAAUGAACGAUCUUACAAAGUUUCACGUUAUUCAUCAGAUGGGUCUGAAAUUGUUCGAAGGGCCUGAGUUAGACGAGUUUCUAGUACAGUGGACACAUUUGGUUCAGAACGCAGCUUCCAAGGGCAAAGACAAUGCUGAAGAAGUACAUGCGGAAGACGAAACAAUCGAGGAUGCUCCUCCCCUCAGAAAAGAGGGCGAAUGUCAAUGCAACUGCGAAAAGUCACGAAAUGAAAAGAAGACGAAUCUGGGGAAAAGAAAAGCAAAGCGAAGUAAUUCGAAAGAAGGGGAAAAGAUACUAAGAGCUGAUUGA